AUGAAAGCGGAGAAGAAUUGUUUUCCUUUCAUUUUUUCGUUGUUAAAGAAGACGUGUGACAUGAGUUCACCUACUUGCUGCAUUUCUAAUGUUUGCAAUCCACAAAGGUCUAGAUUCUCAAAAGGAUAUCAAAGCAUCCUGUUAUAUCAUUAUAAACCUUUGGGAUUUGUUGAUCAUUAUUGUCAAUGCUGCUGCAUAUUUUGGUACUGGAUGAACUGCUAUGGCAGGAGGUUAAGGCGGACAGGACCUGAACAGCUGAACAGUAGAAAUGACUUGGUUUCUCCACCCCAGCAUUCCAGGGUGAACGGCUGGUCUUUACCACUCCACACCUUUCAGAUUGUUGCUCUGCUGUUUUACACAUACCUGGCCAUUGUAGGGUUUGGGAUCUACAUACCUUUGCUUCCACAUGGAUGGAAGUAUGCUGCCUAUGCUGUGAUCGGCGUCCUUUUUGCGCAUCACUUAGUUGCUCACCUUGUUGCUAUCACCAUUGACCCAGCAGAUCAAAAUGUGCUGGCCAAGAAAAACUACAGCAGCCCCAUGCCAGUCUUUGACAGAGGCAAGCACAAGCACGUCAUUCAGAACCAGCACUGUUAUCUCUGUGAAGUUGACGUAGGGCCAAAAGCCAAACACUGUAGUGCCUGUAAUAAGUGCAUUGCGGACUUCGAUCACCACUGUAAGUGGCUCAAUAACUGUGUGGGAGGCAGAAAUUACUGGUUUUUCUUCAAUGCUGUUGCCUCUGCUGUUCUUGGUGUCUUCCUCCUGAUACUGGUGAUCCUUUAUGUCUUCAUCCAGUACUUUGUGAAUCCAGCAGAACUACGCACAGCACCUCAGUUUGAAAGAGUCAUUGGAAACAACACGUGGUUGGCCUUUCUUCCUGUUGCUCCUGCAGAGACUACAGCAGCUGGAAUCCUGGCUAUAGCGGUGAUCACUGUGCUCCUGGGAAUUGCAUCGCUCCUGCUACUGGGACACUUGUUGAUAUUUCAUCUUUACCUCUUGGGCAAGAAGCUGAGUACUUUUGACUAUAUGACAGAGCAGCGACGCACGCAGAAUACCAGGGACCCAGAAAGUGAUGUGGAAGUAACAGAAAAUACAUCUGUCAGAAUGGAUCCCCUACAGGAUUUGUCUUUAGCAAGUCAACAAAAGGAGUGUGAGGUUUCAGUUUCAUCUCAAUCUGGAGCUCUACAGUAUCAUGAAACUGGACAGGUCUCCAUUAAACACCCAAGCAUCAUCUGUACUGAAGCAUCUGAGAUUGCUUCCUUUACCAAUUUGUCUCCUGGUCCAGAGACUGUGCCAAAAAGUACUAAAGAAACUCUGUGUGAGAGUAUUCAUCAGAACAAGGAAAUAAGUGAUACUGAAAUGGCAGACUUUGGAGACUUACAGUCUAACUGCAACCAGUCGUUAGAGGAAUCUCACUGGGGAAGUCUUGGCUCCAUGAAGCAGAUCCCAUCUCUGCAAAAUCUCCAUGAGGAAUCCAUAAGAAACAGCACUCUUCUAGUGUGUUCUAUGAAUGCAAACAGUUUGGCCAUCUCUGAUCAGGUAUUGAGUCACCCUGAAAGUGGAAGACCAGAUGCUUCUAUAACGGAAUCUGCCAAUCAUUUCAAAAGGACAGCACUGGCAAAAGAAGGCAUUGAAAUGGCACAAAGUGGAACUGCCACUUUUUCUUCACCAAAACAAAAUGACUCAUCAGAACCAAUUUCAACACAAAGUUCCCUUGCAGUCUGA